ACAAUUAAUGAGAUUGAAGAUGUUGGUUCGAAGUUGUUUUACGAAGCUCAUCAUAAGGAAGCUAAAUUGAGUGAAGAGAAGCUUAGUUAUGUGCAUUUGGGUAAAUUGGGAUUUUCAUUUCAUUUCGAAACCAAACCACAGCCAUGA